AAGGGGGAAUUUUUUUGCCGGCGACACCGAGAGUCCAAUCUGUCGGGGAAGAACGAUGGGUUGUCGAUGUGGCAAGAAACGAAAGGAUUGCCAAGAACUCACCGAUGUGGAGCGGGCCAUCGAAAUUGUCAUCAACAACUUCCACUGUUACGCCGUCAAGGGACACAAAGAAUGUUUGACGCCCAACGAGUUGAAAGACCUGGUUGGACAGAGGCUACCACACUUAGCCAAGGGAGUUGAGCCUCUGGAUGAGAAGAUCGAAUGCCUGGGAGAUAACGAAGAAGCCAAACUCCAGUUUGGAGAAUACUGGGACAUAAUGGGAGACGCUGCCAAGGGAUGCCGCAUGCCGAAAGGGAAGAAGUGAAGAGGCUGAGCCGAGUUCAAAAGACGACCGUGGACCCAUUGCCCAGAAGGAAGCGCUGGGCGAUCUCAAAUGUGUUAUUUCAUGCAGUGUUAAUUAUUUGGGGGGGGAGGGACCUCAUUUGAUCCACUCGAUUUGCCUAACCUAGGUUCUUCUUCUUGUCUUGAUACCGAGAAAUAUUUCAACCCUGGAGCCAGAAGAUAGAAAUUUCAGGGUUU